GGCGUGGUUCCCCCACCCCCACUCAAAGAGCCCUUUGCAUCUCUACAGCCUCCAUUUCCCAGUGACACAGCCCCAACCACCACUGCUGCUGCCACCACCGCCACCGCCACCACCACUACCACCACAACCACCAUCCAAGAAGAGGAGAAGAAGCCACCACCAGCCCUACCACCACCUCCCCCUCCAGCCAAGUUUCCUCCACCUCCCCAGUCACAGCCCCCACCACCUCCACCAGCCAGCCCAGCCAGCCUGCUCAAAUCAUUGGCCUCUGUUCUCGAGGGACAAAAGUACUGUUACCGGGGGACUGGAGCAGCUGUUUCGAGCAGGCCCGGGUCCUUGCCCACCACUCAGUAUUCCCCUAGUCCUGCAUCAGGUGCUACCGCCCCUCCAACGCCCCCACCUGCUCCUGCACCCUCUGCUCAGCCAACACCCCCAUCAGCCCCUGUCCCUGGGAAGAAGACUCGCGAGGAAGCUCCAGGGCCCCCAGGUGUGAGCCGGGCAGAUAUGCUGAAGCUCCGGUCACUUAGUGAGGGGCCUCCCAAGGAGCUGAAGAUCAGGCUCAUCAAGGUACCUAGUGGUGACAAGGAAACCUUUAUUGCCUCUGAGGUGGAAGAGCGGCGGCUUCGCAUGGCAGACCUCACCAUCAGCCACUGUGCUGCUGAUGUCAUGCGUGCCAGCAAGAAUGCCAAGGUGAAAGGGAAAUUUAGGGAGUCCUUGCUCUCCCCUGCCCAGUCUGUGAAACCGAAGAUCAACACUGAGGAGAAGCUGCCCCGGGAAAAACUCAACCCCCCUACACCCAGCAUCUAUUUGGAGAGCAAACGGGAUGCCUUCUCACCAGUGCUGCUACAAUUCUGUACAGACCCUCGAAACCCCAUCACCGUGAUCAGGGGCCUGGCUGGUUCACUUCGGCUCAACUUAGGCCUUUUCUCCACCAAGACACUGGUGGAAGCAAGUGGGGAACAUACAGUGGAGGUCCGCACCCAAGUGCAGCAGCCCUCAGAUGAGAACUGGGACCUGACAGGUACAAGGCAGAUCUGGCCCUGUGAGAGCUCCCGUUCACACACCACCAUCGCCAAGUACGCACAGUACCAGGCUUCAUCCUUCCAGGAGUCACUGCAGGAAGAGAAGGAGAGUGAGGACGAGGAGUCAGAGGAACCAGACAGCACUACAGGAACCCCUCCUAGCAGUGCACCAGACCCCAAGAACCAUCAUAUCAUCAAGUUUGGCACUAACAUCGACCUGUCUGAUGCCAAAAGGUGGAAGCCCCAGCUACAGGAGCUGCUGAAGCUGCCCGCCUUCAUGCGGGUAACAUCCACAGGCAAUAUGCUCAGCCAUGUGGGCCACACCAUCCUGGGCAUGAACACUGUGCAGCUAUACAUGAAGGUCCCUGGCAGCCGAACGCCAGGCCACCAAGAGAAUAACAAUUUCUGCUCUGUCAACAUCAACAUUGGCCCCGGGGACUGUGAGUGGUUUGCAGUGCAUGAGCACUACUGGGAGACUAUCAGCGCCUUCUGCGAUCGGCAUGGUGUGGACUACUUGACUGGUUCCUGGUGGCCAAUCUUGGAUGACCUCUAUGCGUCCAAUAUUCCUGUUUACCGCUUCGUGCAGCGCCCUGGAGACCUUGUGUGGAUUAAUGCAGGGACUGUGCACUGGGUGCAGGCUACUGGCUGGUGCAACAACAUUGCCUGGAACGUGGGGCCCCUCACUGCUUAUCAGUACCAGCUAGCCCUAGAGCGAUACGAAUGGAACGAGGUGAAGAACGUCAAAUCCAUCGUGCCCAUGAUUCAUGUGUCCUGGAACGUAGCUCGAACGGUCAAAAUCAGCGAUCCUGACUUGUUCAAGAUGAUCAAGUUCUGCCUCCUGCAGUCAAUGAAGCACUGCCAGGUGCAACUACUCGUAACGGCCCAGAAUCUACUGGUGGCUGUCUUCAAUCUUCUCCUGUUGGCACUAGUCCUGGGGACCAUCUCAGUGCCCGCUGUCACCAUGUUGGGCUUCGGCUUUCUCUGCCAUUCCCAGUUCCUGCGUUCCCAGGCACCCCCUUGCACCGCCCAUCUGCGGGACCCAGGCUUCACGGCCCUGUUGGUCACUGGAUUCCUGCUGCUGGUGCCGCUACUUGUGCUUGCCUUGGCCACCUACCGCCGCCUCUGCCUGCGCCUCCGCCUGGCCGACUGCCUAGUACCCUACAGCCGAGCCCUCUACAGGCGCCGGCGCAUCCCACAGCCGAAGCAAAUCCCGGCCUCACCAGGGUCCCGGGCAGUUCCCACACCGGGAAAGGUCUGGGUUUGAGGUGCGUUGAAUCAAGAAUUCUGUCGAUUGUUCUCCUGGUCGCGAAAGGACUUGAAGCCAGCCCAGGGAUAUUCUGCCCUGUGCUGCUCCUUACCACUGCCUGAGUCAGGUCUUGGCAUCCCUUUGAUGGAACAGCAUCACCUGUGGACCCAGUGCUGGCGAAAAUGCCCCAGAAAAUCUCAUUUGAAUCCUGAAGGUUUGGGCUGGACCCUGCACAUCUUCUUUCCCUCCCCAGCGUAAAUAGGAGAGCUGGACUAAGUGCCUUCCUUUGCUGGUGCAGUUCCUCUAAUUAAUUUACGGGACUGAGGGACAGGGCUAGAGAAGACAUCACAAAUAAUAAAAAAUGUGUGGAAUGAAUGUGCUCUGUGAAUACAGGGGCGAUACGUAUAUAUAAUCGUUCUUGCCCAGGGCUCAGGAGCAGGGAACAAAUCCCGGAGACUACAAAUGGGCAGACCAGAGCAUCCUGCCUCUCCCUUAUCGCGUUAGCCCGUUCUUCCUGGUUAGACCCCAGAGUUCUGACCCUGACCCCGA